AUGGCUGCCAUGCACGAGAGCACUCAUGCGCUCCUUGUGCUCUUCUUGUCGCUAAUGCUCUUUUCCACGCCAUCUUCCGCGCGGCACAUGACUGGUGAUCCAGCACCGGUUAUCCUGCCCCCGCCGGACAUGCCCGGCGACCCAUUACCGGUUAUCCCUUCCCCGCCGCCCCACAUGUCUCCUCCAACAAAGGAGGAAGCAUGGGAAGGCAUUAUGGUGGCACCAAGGCCCGUUCCUUCCGGGCCAGACCCUAUACACCAUCGUCCUCCCGCCCCGGCUCCCCACAGGCCCCCUCCAUCAACGGAGGAGGCGAGGGAAGGUGUCAUGGUGGCACCGAGGCCGGUUCCUUCUGGUUCGAACCCUAUACAUCACUUUCCCGCCCCGGCGCCGAAACCCCACCAUCAUCAUCGAUGUUAUGCCCCACCGCCUGCAUCAACAGAGGAGGCAUGGGAAGGCGAUAUCAUGACGCCGAGGCCGGUUCCUUCUGGAUCGAAGUCCAUACAUAAUCAGCCCACCCUAACUCUGCAAUCCAACCAUCAUCGACGACGCAAGGCCCCACCGCCGGCAUCGAUGGAGAAGGCGAGGGAAGCCGACAACAUGUCACCAUGGAGGCCACUUCCUGUUUCGGGACCGAACCCAAACCACAACCACCACCCCAAGGCACCGGGUCCUCCUCAUGAGUAA